CAUUCUUCCUGACCUUCCCUCGCGGGGUCAGUUACCCAGCCUCUGCUGCAGAAGUCUCAUGGGCUUUUGUCAGGUGUGGCCGAGUCGAACGAGUCAGAGAGGUGGGUUUUUGAGUCCAUCCGGUUAUUUGGGUCGAGGGAGGGAAGGGGAAAAUAUCGAAGCUUGCUCGUGUUCAGUUGAAAGGGACUUGAUGCAAUGAUGGUGACGGAGAGCUUCGUUGAGAAUGUGGAUCAGAUGGUGGAAAUAAUGGAUAUAAUGUCAAAUGGGGGUUUUUUGAGAGGUGAAAAUAAUGAAUUAGGAGCUGAUUGGGUGGAACUAGAGUGGUUAAAAUCAAAAGGAUACUAUAGCAUUCAGGCUUUUGUGGUGAAUAGGCUUGAGGUUUCCUUGAGGCUGGCUUGGUUGAGCUGCAACAACAAUGGAAGAAAGAGAGGGGUGAAAUUAAAAGAAAGGCUAAUUGGGGCAGGUGUUUCAACUAAUGUGUAUUGGAGGAUAAAGGGUUGCAUGGACUGGUGGGGGAAUCUGGACGCUGCAACUAGAAAGAAGGUCCUGACGACUAUCACGGGGCAAAGCGGCCAAAAAUUUGGAGAGGAACCUGACAAGUCUUCAUCAAGUAAACCUAAAGAAAAGCUCAGUAAUUGUAAACAAAAGAAGAAAGGGCGGGCACGCAAUGUUAAAAGGCUAAAUCCUGUGCCAAAAUCGUUUGCGGAUGACAUUUCACAUAAAAUUCCUCCCAAGGAUGGCGUUUAUGUAGAGGAGAAUCAACAGAAGAUUGAUUCAACAGUAUCCGUGCAACGUCCUGAGGUAUCUCAGGGGAAGGAUGUCGUUAGGGACCAUAACCAGCAAUGGAAUGUUGGGAAACGUCGAACUACUUCAAGAAGAAGAAAAGGGAAAAGUAAAAGUGGAAAAUCCCUUGUUGACUUUCAAGUUGGAGAUUCUCAAAAUUCAAUCACAGGUACUGCCUCUUCGCCUGUUAUUUCUGAAGUUGAGGUGGCAAUUCCUGGUAGCUUUCGUGAUACUUCAACUGUUAAGAAGGUGAAAAAAGAAUGUGCAUCUGGUACUGUCAUUUGUGCUGCGGAUUCCAGCUUUGUUAAUUCUUAUGACGGACCUAAUAGGGAGAACAAUUCUAUCCGAGAAAUUCAAGGAGAUUAUGUUGAAGAUUGUUCUGAACAUUGCAAUAGCAUAGGUGCUCAGCCUUGUCAAUUGUCAAAUGAAAUGAAAAUUUCACCUUGCACAUUAGAUAAUUCAACUUUUGAUGGAGAUUCUAAUGUUAAAACUUCAUCUGUACCUGCCCUAAAGCUCGGUGGACUCUUUUGCAAUGAAGACACCAGCCUUCUGAACUCCUCAUAUAUUGCUGAAUCAGAUAUUAAGUCAUGUUUUCUAAACAAACCAGUUAGAGAGGCUCAUUUGAAAGAACAUCUCUUUUUGAAGGAGCAAAACAGAGGAUGCCUAUUUGAAAGUAGGAGAUCAGUUUUUCCAAAAUAUCGUCCAUAUGAGUGGCCUGGUGUGCCUUCUAUAUAUUUUCCAUCAAUUAACUCACACCUCCCUCCUGCCACUGAUAGAUUGCAUCUGGAUGUUGGACGCAACUGGCAUAAUCACUUCUGCCACUCCUUUGUUCCCACAUUUCAGCAGGCAAGAAAUACUCCCAUUGAUGGUGGAUGUAACCCAAUCCUCUCUCAUCCUGUUCCUAUGAGUUUAGAUUGGCCUCCAGUUUUUCGAAGUGGCAUGGCUCCUUCACCAACUUGUAAUUAUGACUCUGGAUUCAUGACUGGGUGGCGCUCUACACUUUCAACUAGUUUGUCAUCUCAUGGUGUUCAGGUUAAUGCGACAUCUCCUGACGAUGAAGGAAAAUAUCAUGGAGAUUUGAUCGAUUUACCUGAUUUGAUGAAUGCACGAGAGCUAGCAGAUGAAUAUGACAAUCACUGCGUAUCAGAGGAAGAGUACGAGGUUCAUGCAGUUCCUGGUAUGGACUAUAAUCAAUACUUUGGUGGAGGUAUAAUGUACUGGGAUCCUUCUGAUCAUCCAGGAACAGGUUUCUCUCGAGCUCCCUCUCUCAGCUCAGAUGAUAGUGUUUGGGCUUGGCGUGAGGCUGAUGCCAAUAGGGCUGUGGAUGACAUGAUUGCUUUCUCAUCUUCAUAUAGUACAAAUGGUUUAACUUCGCCUACUGCUGCUUCAUUGUGUUCUCCAUUUGAUCCUUUGGGAAAUACACCCCAGACAGUUGGAUAUGUGAUGUCAGGCAAUGAAGUACCUGGAAAGGUGUUGCAUCCUUCACCAGCGACAGAUGCAGCAAUGCAGGAAGAUACUUCUGGGUCUCUUGGUGCUGGUUUACCCUGUGAAAUUGAAGGGAAGACAGGUGAUUCGCAUCCAUACCCUAUACUAAGGCCAAUCAUUAUUCCUAAUUUGUCAAGGGAAAGAUCAAGAUCUGACUUUAUGCGAAGUCUAGAUCAUAAAAGCCCAUGUGUUCCACGUACAAGGCAGGAUCAAUGCUGCAUUAAACGGCCACCAUCACCUGUAGUGCUCUCUGUUCCACGGGCUCCACGUCCACCUCCACCUUCUCCUGUGAGUGAUUCAAGGAAACAAAGGGGUUUUCCAGCAGUUAGAUCUGGCAGUUCCAGCCCAAGGCACUGGGGUGUGAGGGGUUGGUAUCAUGAUGGAAGUAAUUUUGAGGAAGCUUGUUUAAGAUUGGAUGGUGCUGAAGUUGUGCGACCUUCUUGGAGAAGUAAUAAUCUUGCAGUACGACCCAAGAUCCAGCCUUUACCUGCUGCCUUGCUGCAAGAUCGCUUGAUUGCAAUGACACAGCCAGACGUUGCCUUUCCCCUGCAACCACUUGAUUCUCAGAGCUGUCCUUCAAGAAGUGCAUCUUUGGCAUUAAUGCACCGUUUGCUUCAUGAUGAGAUUGACUCUUUCUGUAAACAGGUUGCUGCGGAGAAUAUGUCUAGGAAACGGUACAUCAAUUGGGCUGUCAAGAGAGUUACUCGAUCUCUACAAGUUCUAUGGCCCAGGUCCAGGACACACAUAUUUGGUUCUAAUGCAACUGGUAUGGCCCUUCCAAUAAGUGAUGUCGACCUUGUGGUUUGUCUCCCUCCUGUGAGAAACCUGGAGCCGAUAAAAGAAGCUGGAAUACUUGAGGGCCGAAAUGGCAUCAAAGAAACUUGUCUCCAGCAUGCAGCUAGGUACCUUGCCAAUCAGGAUUGGGUAAAAAAUGAUUCUCUGAAGACAGUGGAGAAUACAGCUAUACCUAUUAUUAUGCUUGUGGUGGAAGUUCCUUUUGAUGCUAUCACCUCUUCUGCUCCUAUUUUAAAAUCUCCAAAAGGGAAGUCAGCUUGCACAACUGGUGAAAAUGGCAAUGGUAUUCAUUCUGAUAUGAUUCAUUCAGAAGAUUCAGCUGUGCAAAAAUGCUCCCCAAUAAAUAGUGGCACCCCAAAGGAUUCAAAUUCAGUGCGUCUUGAUAUCAGCUUCAAGACCCCAUCACAUACGGGACUCCAAACUUCAGAAAUGGUUAAGGGGCUGACAGAACAAUUUCCUGCUGUUACUCCUCUUGCUUUGGUGCUAAAACAGUUCUUAGCAGAUCGAAGCCUUGAUCAGUCCUAUUCUGGCGGAUUAAGUUCCUACUGUUUGGUGUUAUUAAUUAUACGUUUUCUUCAACAUGAGCACCAUCUGGGCCGGCAAAUUGACCAGAACUACGGAAGCCUUCUAAUGGAUUUUCUCUACUUUUUUGGGAAUGUAUUUGAUCCCCGUCAAAUGAGAAUUUCAGUCCAGGGAAGUGGUGUUUAUAUAAAAAGAGAAAGAGAUUGCAGCAUCGAUCCAAUACACAUAGAUGAUCCUCUUUUCCCAACGAAUAAUGUGGGAAGAAAUUGUUUCCGCAUACAUCAAUGCAUCAAGGCAUUUUCAGAAGCUUAUUCAAUUCUUGAAAAUCAACUCUCAUUCCUAAAUUUUGGUGGAAAUGUUGAUGAAGAAUCGUGUUCUAUGCUACCUCACCUGCUGCUUCCAAAAAUCAUCCCAAGCCUUGAUUUAUCAUAGAGAUUCUCAUUACUGAAGAGUUUGUUUGGAAGGUUUGUGAAAAGUUAUUACCUUCCUUACAAGAAUCAAGCCUAUAUGGUGGAAGUAAACUAUGCAGUGCCAGAUUUCUUGCUGCUUCUAAGCUAUACACACGCCAAUAUUGGUUUUAAGCAAGUGCAGAAACACAGCGUGGCCACAGGCAUCAAUUGAAUGAUUCUAUUUCAAAUGAUUGGUGAGAUCAAUCUGCAAUUUUCAGCAGGGCCUGUGUAUGAGUUAUUAUUCAAGUUCACGAGUGAACAAAUCUCUGGCUGGUCCAAGAAAUUGGAGUUUCGGGUGCAUCGUUCUUUGUUCAGAACCUGUUUGAGGUCCAAGAAUAAUGCUGAAUCUCACUGCAUAAAUGUGGUCUUUAUCUAAUGCGCUUGUUUGGGAUUAGACAAGUAAACUUUUGAGCAUGAGGCAAGUUAUAAAAAUCCAUGUAAAAAAGCUCGAUCUGCUUGGCUGCUGGAAUGUUGAAUUUUGGAAGGAUGAGAGAGGAAUGAUCAAACUAUGGCAUUCCUUUGGCAAAUGAAGAUCAGAGAUUGAGAUAUUAUGUAGAAAUUGCAAGGGAUCAUAGGAUAAAUCUGGAAAGUGGAUGGAAUUUUGGGUUACAACAAUGAUUUCUGAAUGUGUAGAAUAGAAGGAAAAAUUAGCUUGCUUAGAUCAUGUGAAGAAUGUCAUGUACGAUGUAUAGCCCUUAAAAUGAUAUCUGGUUACUAAUAGGGGUUGGGUUUAGUGGAAGGGGAUAGGUCCUCUCAACAUGCCAAACCAAAGUUUAAAUAUCUGCUAAGGGAGGGGCUUAACCGUGCCUUAAACAGAUCAUUUUCAGUAGGAGGCUGCAUGUAUACAACUGAAGAAAUAAUACAUGGUUACUAGAUGUAUGAUGGGAAAAUUUUAGGGAGAAUUACUUGGGGGUUGCAGAGAUUUGAGGGAGAUCCAGUUGCCCACAAUUAGAGAUCUCAGAUUCAUGCUUGCUUUCAAUUCCCGAGAUGGGAUGAUCUUUCCCAUAGGUCACUCAGCCACCUCAUGUCACUUCACGAUGAAAAAAGCAGGCUCAAUGCUUGCCAAAAACAUUACAACAAAGUUAACAAACAACAUAUUAAGUUAAGAGAGAGAGAGAAAUAAAAACGAAGGAUUUCUUAGUUGUUUCCCCUUUGUCUAUCUUAGAUGAAAGAGGCUGCCUUGAUAACUAGCAGUUCAUGCUCUCGGAUGAGGCCCCUCUUGUGUUCUUGCAGGGCGCGAAUGUGUGAUCCUAUAAGAAUUGCAUCGUUCUUUGUACGUCCUUAGGAUCGAGAGCAGGUGGAUGCACAAAGAAUAGACCAAGCAUUUGCUCACAUUUGAGCUUUUAGUUUUCUGCUUUGUCAAUUUCGUUCUGAAUUGUUUCCAGUCUUCCGGCAAUGAUAUCCACUAAGUGUUGCUGAAA